AAAUCGGAAUCAAAACAUACUAUAUCUUCGUUAAUCGGAUCGUUCUUGCUCGAUGAAGAUGGAGGAACAAGAAACAAAUCAUCGAUGUGACGAUGACGGUGAACCAAUUGUUAAGCUCUCUAGCAUAAUAUGUCCAAGAACGUUAGACUACGAUGCUCCUCUCUUGUCCACUAGACGUGCACAUCUAAUUACUCGCUCGAAUAAUUCCAUUAAUCCGAAUACUUGGCUCGAUUCACAUGACAUGCAGGUUCCCUUCUCAUGGGAACAAAGCCCGGGAAAGCCCAAACAAAGAAACAUGGUAGCUCAUGAUGAUCAUUUGAUAGUGCCACCUCCAAAACUCCCACCUUCGAGGUGGCACGAUCAGAUGAUCAUAGACCAAAACUUUGCUUCUGUUUCUGCUUUUGCUUCUGACGAUGAUAUAGAUGCUUACUCAGAUGCAAUUGAUGUGUUCUCAUUGGGUGAAUCAACUAUAGAAAUGCGUGGAGUUGGCGAUGAUGAUGAUGAUGAUGGCGACGAUGACUAUGAUGAUGAUGGGAAGGGGAUCAUUGAUGAUUGUGGUGGCUCUCCGAACUUUAUCUUGAAGAGAUUUCUUCCGGAUGCCAAUGCUUUGGCAAUUUCUUCGUCUCUUGCUCUUCAAGGCUCGAGUAACACGAAUUUUGAUGUGAUAGAAGGAAUAGGACAAUUAAGUGUCGAGCCGAAGGGGUGUGGGAUCGACUUUCUUCUUCCUUGGAAAGCGAUGAAACUAAAACCUCCAUGUAGUUUGAAGAGUCCGGUUCGCGAAGGGGUGAAUGUUAUCAACAUGAAGUCUUCUUCAUCUCGCCAAUGGAGCUUGGGAAGAAGAAUAAAGAAGUAGUCACAAAAUAUAUAAUGUUCAAUUAUUUGAUAAGUAUAGUGACAUUAUCAUAUAGAUUUUAUAAUAUUUAACAUUAGAUUAGGUUUUUGUUGAAACAAUUUGUGUACAUAUAUUUUUCCAACUUAUUUUCAAUUUGGAAUGAA